AUGGAGCAGCAGACGAUCUCAAUCAGCAAAGCCGGCAUCGUGACAACUCUUCAGGCUCGAUGUGCUGUCGUUGCUGCUGCAAACCCGAUCGGCGGUCGUUACAACAGCACAAUCCCGUUCAGUCAAAACGUCGAGCUUACCGAACCUAUCUUGUCUCGUUUCGACAUCCUGUGUGUGGUGCGAGAUACAGUAGACCCCAACGAAGACGAGCGUCUGGCAAACUUUGUUGUCAACAGCCACGGCAGAGCGCACCCCAAUAAGCUGAGCGUCGAUGGAGGCGACACUGCCGCCCUCGAAGGCGAAGAGAACACAGUCAACAAUGGUGAGCCCAAGAAGGAAGGCGCCAUUCCUCAGGAGCUACUUCGGAAAUACAUCCUGUUCGCACGCGAGAAGUGUCGUCCGAAGCUGUACCAAGUCGACCAAGACAAAGUGGCCCGCUUGUUCUCCGACAUGAGAAGAGAAUCUCUUGCCACUGGAGCAUACCCCAUCACUGUCCGUCAUCUCGAGGCCAUACUGCGGAUUGCAGAGUCGUUCGCGAAGAUGCGACUGUCUGAUUUCUGCUCAGGCCAUGACAUUGACCGGGCGAUUGCUGUCACUGUAGACUCAUUCGUGGGCAGCCAGAAGGUCAGUGCGAAGAAGGCGCUCGCACGAGCUUUCGCUAAAUACACUCUGAAACGACCAGAGAAGUCUCAGCAACGUCGCGCUGCACCUGCAGCAAAUACUGUCGGCACAGUGUCUGCUUGA